AUGGGCGUUAUAAGAAAGAACGCAGCCUCCCGUGGCUCUGAUGGCGGAACAAAGUACCACUGUGACGUCUGCUCGAUCGAUAUAACCUCGACUGUGCGCAUCUCAUGUGCCAACCCGGCCUGUCGUGAGUACGAUCUAUGCGUCCCGUGUUUCGGCCAGGGCGAAAAGAGCAAGGGCCAUGAUCCCCAGACGCAUGAAUACCACGUUGUGGAGCAGAACUCGAUACCCAUCUAUACCGAUGAUUGGGGCGCUGACGAAGAGCUGUUGCUUCUGGAGGGCUCUGAAAGGUAUGGUCUAGGAUCCUGGGCCGACGUCUCGGAGCACAUUGGCGGCUACAGAGAGAAGGAUGAAGUCCGCGAUCACUACAUCAACACGUAUAUUGAUUCACCCCUAUUCCCACUACCUGCGCUGGCAGACCCGAAGGACACGCAGCUUUUCGAAAAGGUUCCGAAGGAGGAUUUCCAGGCACGGAAGAAGCGAAGAAUAGAGGAGCGGCAGGAGGUCGCCAAGAACGCCCCUCCAGCUACACCCAAGCAGAAGCCGACCGCAUCGGUACCGGCAUGUCAUGAGGUGCAGGGUUUCAUGCCCGGUCGACUCGAGUUCGAGACCGAGUUUGCCAAUGAUGCGGAAGAGGCCGUUCAGCAUAUGUCUUUUGAACCGGGCGAUGGCAUCGAUCCGAUCACGGGGGAAAUGGAUGAGGAGACCACCCUCAAGAUGACUGUCUUCGACAUUUACAACUCGCGGCUCAUGUCACGCACAGACAGGAAAAAGAUCAUCUUCGAGCACAACCUGCUUGACUACAAAAAGAACCAACUCCUCGAUAAGAAGCGAACGAAAGAAGAGAAAGACUUGAUGCACAAAGCUAAACCAUUCGCGAGGAUGAUGAACCAUGAAGAUUUUGAGGCAUUCAACAAGGAUUUGCUCACCGAGCACAACCUAAGGAUCGCUAUUUCAACACUGCAAGAGUGGAAGCAGAUGGGAAUCACAGAUCUCAAACAUGGCGAAAAGUUUGAAAGCGACAAGCAAGCGCGGGCUGCCCGCAAUCAACCACAAGGCCAAUUCGAUCGCAUGCCACAAAUUCCGAAGAAGGGUCAGCAGCAACAGCAGGGAGACAUACCCACGGAGGCGUCGAAAUUAAUUACCCCCGAACUCCCCCUUCGGUUCCAGAAGAAGCCCAAGACGGUACCGGUGUUCGCUGAUUCGAAGCCAGCGGUGGAGAAUGACUUCGAUAAGAUGUUCGCGGAAUCGACUGGUGCAGAUACGCCAUCGCAAAAACCCAAGGUGCGCCACGUGAUACAGCCUCUUAGUGGAACUACGCCGUGGAGGCUCGAAGAUGAUAAGUCUGUCGCACCCGACCUGCAGUUGCUCAGCGAGGAAGAAAUUCAACUAUGCAAUGCUGUGCAUAUUCGACCGAAGCCGUAUCUUGCACUAAAGGAGGGUCUGCUGCGGGAGGCAAUGAAGCAAGGUGGGCAUAUGAAGAGGAAAGAAGCCAAAGGGGUAUGCAAGAUCGAGGGGAACAAAGCAAGCAAGAUUUACGACUUCAUGAUACAUUCGGGCUGGAUUGCGAAAGCAUAG